AUGGAGAAUGGAUCGGUGACAGCGGCGGACUCCAAGUCUGACAAGAAGACGCUGUCAGUGCAGUGGAAGGCCCAGCAUGCUUUGGUCGUCGCCUUCUUUCUGCUGAUCCUCACAUUCCACGCGCUUGCCAUCUACCUCUUCUGCCGUGGCUUCCUUCUCUCCCGACUCGUGCUUCAAGACCGAUCCGAAUGCGCCGUACCUCCCAUAUCACUCGCCCAUAGAGCAGACCUCACGCCAGGAUCGCAAGAGCGGGGAUGUUGGCAUCCAAAGUCAUUCGAGAAAGCCGUGGUAAUCGUCGUGGACGCGUUGCGAUACGACUUUACUGUUCCCUUUCAACCCAAGCCUGGACACGACCAACCACACCACUUUCAUAAUGCAUUUCCCAUCCUAUACGAGACAUCUGUCAACGAGCCGCAAAACGCCUUCUUGCGACCUUUCAUCGCGGACCCUCCGACCACGACGUUACAGCGAUUGAAGGGACUUACGACUGGUACAUUGCCCACUUUCAUAGAUGCAGGAUCGAACUUUGCGGGAACAGCGAUUGAUGAGGAUAAUAUUGUGGAGCAGCUAUACAAAGCUGGCAAGAAGGUCGUGCAUCUCGGAGACGAUACAUGGCAUUCACUGUUUCCUGGAUACUUUGAGCCGAAUUUGACGAGGCCGUAUGAUUCUUUCAAUGUCUGGGACUUGCAUACUGUGGACAAUGGCGUCAAUGAAGAUUUGUUUCCUCUCUUGGAUGCGUCGAUGAAAGGUCGGUGGGAUGUCAUCUUUGGACACUAUCUGGGCGUUGAUCAUGCUGGACAUCGAUAUGGCCCGGACCACCAUGCGAUGACGGACAAGCUGAAACAAAUGGAUGAUGUAUUUCGACGGCUUGUCGAUCAUCUGGACGAUGAAACGCUGCUCGUGGUUAUGGGAGAUCAUGGCAUGGACACCAAGGGUGAUCAUGGUGGCGAGUCUGAUGACGAGGUUGAGGCUGCGCUGUGGAUGUACUCCAAACGUGGGAUCUUUGGCCGCAAAGACGAAGCAUCGAAGCACCCCCCUUUGACUGCCAAAGAACGGCCUGUAAAUCAAAUCGAUCUGGUACCCACACUUUCGCUUCUCCUCGGUCUUCCCAUCCCUUUCAACAAUCUCGGGCAGCCUAUCGAAGAAGCUUUCCAUGGGUCCAACGAUGUGAUGAAACCUGAUUAUGCCAACCUGGCGGAGGUCAGUCGCUUGACUGCGGCGCAAAUACACCGAUAUCAAGCAAAAUAUGCAGACGCGCGUAAGAUGGGCGAAGACACUCUAUCAGCAGCCGAAAAGCUAUGGAAAGUGGCCAAUGCUGAAUGGAGCUCAGCGACAGCUCAUAAAGCUUGGGAGGCGUUUAUGGCUUACCAAACGGAGAACUUGCGCGUUUGCAAAUCACUUUGGGCGCGGUUUGACCUUGUCAGCAUGAGUAUGGGUAUUGUUGCACUACUGGGCACAUUCGCAGUCGUGCUCAUGUACGCCCAAGGCAUUAAAGGCGAUCGUGCUGCCCUCACACCUCCUCUACUUGGCUGGGGUCUUAUAGGCACUACAGCUGGCGCAAUUACUGGGGCGGCGUUAGGCAACCUGCCAAACUUCAAUCUGAUUCAGCUUGUCGCAUUUGGAGCUGCGAUCGGAGGCAUCAUCGCAACCUUGCUUGGAUUUAUGCCUGCCCGAGAAUUGCUGAAAGUGCCAGUACCUACAACGUUCUGGGGUAUGCUCAGCACAUUGGCGACUCUUCUACUUUGCGUAGGAUUUGCGUCAAACUCAUUCACGAUAUGGGAAGAUGAGCAACUCCUUUUCCUGCUCUCCACUUUUGGAGUAGCUAUGCUCGGAGCAUCGCUUGGACAAACACAUCCGACAGAUCAAACGCAGGGAGCAUUGAAUGCCAUUUCGUUCCUGGUCGCAACACGACUGAGCUCACUGUCCCGACUAUGUCGAGAAGAGCAGAUGCCGUUCUGCAGGUCAUCGUACUAUGCCUCCGCAACAUCUUCCACGUCCUCCAAAUGGCAACUUCUUAUCCCGUUUGCUGUGGCAAUCUCGCUCCCAUACAUCAUCAUACAGUACUUCCAUCGAUCGGCCAAUUACCAUGGGUCUGCCGUGAUAUGGAAUGGAGUAGUCCUGCGACUCGGUUUAGUUGGUGUCGCGAGCUUCUGGGCUUUGGAUGCCGCAGAUGACGGCGACUGGUACCCCGACAUCUCAAAAUCCAUCCUCAAGACUGGUCGCAUGUACCUUGCUCAGGGUGUCUUGGUCGUCGCCGUCGCUGCCGGAUACGGGACUUACAUAUUCGCCUCACCACUUCUCAUGGUCAAGCGUGAAGAGAUCAACGGAGCUCCAAAACCGAAACCCAAACUCAUCAUCUACGGCUUCAGCAACACGCACGGCACUCGCUACCUUCUCCUCCCAUGCGCCUGGAUCCUGGCCCUCCUCCUCUUACAAAAACCCAUGGGCCAAGGCGCCCUCGCCCUCUGCUUCCUCCAAAUUUUGAACCUCCUCGAAAUCAUCGACGCAUGCAAUCUCCGCCGCUCCCCACUCGCACCCAUCUUACUCGCCCUCCUCGGCUCCUUCCACUUCUUCAAAACCGGCCACCAAGCCGCUCUCGUCACCAUCCAAUGGGAAUCCGCUUUCAUCCCGCUCAAAUCCGUCCUCUACCCCUGGAGCCCCCUUCUCGUCGUGCUCAACACUUUCGGCGCACAGAUUCUAUGCACCAUCGCUGUCCCGGCCGUCGUGUUGUGGAAAGUCCCUCCCCGAUCCCCCGGGGUUUUGGGAAGGGUUGCGGGAGCGCUCGCGACGCAUAUCCUGUUCUUUUCGGCUGUUGCGCUCGCGACGGUUGUGGAGGCGGCGUGGUUACGCAGGCAUUUGAUGUUGUAUCGGGUCUUUAUGCCGAGGAUGUUGGUGGGUAUUGUGGUUUUGUUGUUGGUUGAGGUUGUCGCGGCGCUGGUGGCGGUUUGGGGGGUGAGGUGGAGUGUUGUUAGUGUUUUUGAGGUUUUUGGGUGGCCGGAGUAGGAUUCUGGGGGGUUUGGGGACGGGUGGAGGGUUUGGGUUGGGGAGUUUAAGAGGGGGAGGAGGUGUGUUGUUGAGUAGAAGGAAGUGAGUGGGUGAGUGUAUGGGUGGGAUGGGAUGGGAAUGAGAGGAGGAUGGUGGUGGAUAAGGUGUAUAUGUGUAGCUGUCAAAAGAAAGCUUCUAUACUCGUCCUUUUUCUUUUCC